AUGGCGACCCAAAUUUUGACCUGUGGUUUAAAAAGUUUAUUUUUACAAAAUAUCAAAUCUAGGACAAUUCCGAUCGUUUCAUCUUUUAAAUCAAAUCUCAAAUACUCCACAGCAGCUGUGCCAGGCACAAGUCAUCUGAGUUACUAUGUCAAAGAUGGCGUUGGUGUCAUUGUGUAUGACUCUCCAGGCAGGGCUAAUGUCCUUAAUGAAAAUUCAAUGACUGACUUAAAAGCUGCCUUGGAGGCUCUCUUGAAAGACAGCCAGGUCAGUUCGAUCGUCCUUAGAUCUGCCAAAAAAGACUGCUUCAUUGCUGGGGCUGAUAUUAGUAUGUUGAAAGCAUGUGGAACCAAAGAAAAAACAGAACAAUUAUCCAAGGGUGGCCAACAGACUCUGAAAUUACUGGAGAACAGUAACAAACCUGUUGUAUCGGCCAUCAUGGGGUCGUGUCUCGGUGGAGGUCUCGAGACUGCCCUGGCCACACAUUACAGGAUAGCAGUGAUGAACAAAUCAACGCAGCUGGGAGUUCCUGAAGUAAAAUUAGGACUCUUGCCUGGAGCCGGGGGCACCCAAAGACUCCUUAAAACAAUUUCAAUAGACCAGGCCUUAGACUUAAUGCUGACGGGGAAAUCAUUGAAUGCUGAAAAAGCUAAAAGAAUUGGAUUGGUUGAUCAUGUCGUCCAAUCACUAGGGCCAGGAUUGCAUGCCCCAGACGAUGGCACCUUAUUAUACUUAGAAGAAGUAGCAAUCCAAUGUGCUAAAGAUCUGGCUUCAGGUAAACUGAAGAAGACCCCCAGAAAGAUUGCACUGCAAGAAAAGUUGAUAUCGGCCAUGUUGAAAUUCGAGUUUGGGCGAAAUUUUUUCUUCGACAAAGUGAAGCAGAAGGUCCUAAAAUCCACUAAGGGCCUCUACCCCGCCCCACUCAAAAUUAUCGAGGUUGUCAAAAAGUCAGUAGAGAAGGGUGAAGAAGUUGGCUAUGAGCUUGAGGCUAAGGCCUUUGGCGAACUCGGCGUCAGUAUGGAAAGCAAGGGCCUGAUUGGUCUGUUUGAUGGGAUGACGGCUUGCAAGAAAAAUAGAUUUGGCAAACCACAAAGGCCUGUUAAGCACUUGGCAGUUUUGGGGGCGGGUCUUAUGGGCGCGGGAAUCGCCCAGGUGACGAUCGAUAAAAACAUUGACGUCAUCAUGAAAGACGUUUCUAUAAAUAGCCUCUCCAAAGGUCAACAGCAGAUUGAAAAAGGUUUGAAGGAUGCUGUGAAGAAACGGAAAAUUACUCAAUUCGAGAGUGACAAAAUUUAUUCCCGCCUAAAUUCAACUCUGACGUACGACGACUUCAAGAAUUCUGACAUGGUUAUAGAGGCUGUCUUCGAAGACAUCGGCGUCAAACAUAAAGUCAUCAGAGAAAUUGAACAGCAUGUACCAGAUUAUUGCAUAGUAGCCACAAACACAUCUGCCUUAUCCAUUGCCAAAAUUGCUGAAGCAAGCAAGAGACCCGAAAAAAUUAUAGGCAUGCAUUACUUUUCUCCGGUCGACAAGAUGAUGUUACUGGAGUUAGUUACCUAUGACAAAACCUCAAAUGAUACCAUCGCCUCAGCAGUGGACGUUGGUUUGAAGCAGGGCAAGAUAGUGAUAACUGUUAAGGAUUCACCUGGCUUCUACACUACUAGAUGUCUUAUGGCUCUUGGCUCUGAGGCCUUUGAAAUACUCCUCGAGGGAAUGAACCCACGCGAGUUGGAUCAGGCGACGGUAAAAAUGGGAUUUCCCGUUGGAUCCGUGACGUUGAUGGAUGAGGUGGGCAUCGAUGUGGCGGCCCACAUAUCCGCCUAUCUGGCCGAUGCACUCGGAGACAGAUUGGGACUCAAUAAGCAGGACGCAAUCCUGUUCAAUGAGAUGGUUAAUAAGGGGUUUUUAGGGAGGAAGUCGAAGAGAGGUGUGUACGUGUACGAAGAUGGCAGCAAAAACAGGGAAGUUAAUGAAGGUUUCCUGAAAUUAGUGAAAAAGUUCAGCAAACCUGCAAAAAUUCCAUUGACUCCAGAAGAUAUCAGACUUAGAACGUUAGGUAGAUUCGCAAAUCAGUGUAUACUUUGUUUGCAGGAAGGAAUUCUCGCUAAUCCGUUGGAGGGUGACAUGGGAGCAGUAUUUGGACUUGGUUUUCCGCCAUUUCUUGGGGGUCCAUUUAGAUUCGCUGAUGUGUAUGGAGCCGACAAAUUGGUGAGCGGCCUACAAAGACUGGCGGACAUACACGGAGAAAGAUUGAGACCAUGCCAGCUGCUGUUAGACUACGCCAAAGAACCAUCUAAAAAAUUCCACGCCAGCUAGAAUAAAACAACAAAAAUUAUUAAUAUAAUAUAAUAUAGAAAUAAUUGUUACAGUUACUUGUUAUUAUUUUCUAAUGCUCACGAUCGAUCAAUCAGUCUGUAUUUAUUAUUUAAAGGUUAUAUAUUGGACUAUCAAGUUGACAAUAAUCUUAUGAUUAUUAUUGAUCCACUAUAAUUAAGUUACGCAGCGACAUAAUUAUUAAUACAGAUGAAAUUAUUUAACCAUUUGUUAAAUAAUUUCAGAUUUGUAAUUUGACUGUUAACGUGUGAACACUAUUAAUUUUAAUCUGUUUGACGUCUAGGUUAAAAACCUCUAUUAUUAUUAUUUCAUUAUUUAAUCUUUUUAAUACAAUCUUUUUAAUCUUUUUUACUACAGGGGUAGGCAAACUUCAACCAGCGUCAAAAAAAGAGCCACAAAUCUUAAAAAAAUUCUCCCCCGGGUCGAAAAAUUUGCUAUUUAAGUACAUAUGCGGCCCUUCAAAGGUAAAAUAGUCCUCAAUGCGGCCCUCACAGCAAAGUUUGCCCACCCCUGAAUUACCAAAUUGAUGAACUCGAAUUUUAAAAAGAAUUACAUAAUUCGCGUUUUCUUUACACAUUACAUAACGUACAUACAAUCAUGUUUCGUUAUCUAUCUACUAUAUUUAUAAUGCUAAUAUAUAUUUCUGUUUCUUAUCAUUUUGUUUUGGUUAACGUUUAAAUGUUUAUCUCUCUCUCUCUCUCUCACACACAUAUAUAUAUUUAUCUAUAUAUUAAGAUUUAUUUUAUUAAAUUUAUUUAUACAUACGUGCCUAUAUAUAUAUAUAUAUAUAUAUAUAUAUAUAUAUAUAUAUAUAUAUAUAUAUAUAAUCUAAAUUUGAAAGUAAUAUAUUUUUU